AUGCCCACUAUUAUUAUUGACGAUCUCACUGUGCGCCUCGCCUCUGAGCUGCAGAAUACAUUUAAUCCCACUUAUGCAUUUGGCGGUAAGAGCCACGGCGGGUCGUUGGCAUUACGCGAAAUACCAAGCGGUCAUUUACUUCUCCCAUAUGAUGCUGAGGGAAAUGUCAUCGUCACACCAGGCCGCCGCUAUCAACUCGUUCUCAUCACAGAACGAAAGGCUACACAGGAGAAUAUGAACCACACACCACAACAACAGCAACAACAAUCAAAACAACAGGAAAAGGAACAACAACAACAACAACAAUCAAAUCAACAAGAACAACAACAACAACAACAAAGGAAUCAUGUAAACCCUGAAGCGGAAAAGGAAAGACAGAAGCGGAUGAGAGAAAACAAUAAUAAAGAAGAUGAAGCCAUCUCAAUCAUCGCUAAUGGUGAGAAAAAGAAGCGAGAACGAAAACAGAAAAAUGAUGUCUCUGCUCCAAUUCCUGAAGAGACAUCGCAAACAAAAGAUAAACGAGAAAAGAAGGAAACAACAACGACUCGUCAUGUUGUAGGUAUGAAUGACGAUAAUGUACCACUUUAUCAGAGAGUUGGAGAAAUACGCUCCAAUAACACUACUGAAGAUAAUAAGAGUCCUCUUCCUUCCACUAAUACUAAUACUACUAAUACUAAUCAAACUGCUACUGCUACUGCUACUGCUACUGCUACUAAUGCUACUACUCCUAUUGUUUCCACUGUGCGUAAACCCUCACCGGAUUCUCGCUCUGUUAGUACUGAUAACUCUCCAAAGAGUCGUGUGGCCACGAGAGCCCCGUCUAGCUCUUCUUCCUCUUCUGUUGAUAAUAAUAAUAAUAAGAAGAAUACUAAUAAUCAUCGUCAGUACAACAACAAUAAUAAAAAUAAUAAUAAUAAUGAUAAUAUCCCAUUAUCAGCCUCCUAUGCAAAUCACCACCAGCAGCAACAACAAACACAGACACAGAAAGAAAAGCAACAAAAACAACAACAAGAACAUGAUUCCACACCUCUUAUUGCUGUUGCUGCUGCGGGUAGUCAAGUGCAGAAACCAUCGACUCGCCGUCAGACUAAACCCCCGCGUCGUGCGCCAAUAGCAACUCCCACUACGAGUGAUUCAGAUUAA